GGACGGGAAAGAGGGUGGGAGCUGUUAGCAAGUUAUUUAAGAGUCAACUUUCUGGUAGCUUUUCCUGCGUCCUUUUGAGGAAGUUUCCAGACUCACAGAGCAGCCCAAGCCCCCUGGCUGGAACAUACAGGGCUUCCACUGCAAGGACCUUGGAAAGCUGAGAAUGUCAGACAGUCCCAGGACCACCUUUGGGGGCAGGAGAGCAGUGCCCCCCAACAACUCCAAUGCAGCAGAAGCCGAGCUCCCCACUGAGGAGCUGCUAGGCCUGGUGCCCCGGGGUGUCAACCUAGAAGACUACCUGAAUGUCACAGCUGUUCACCUAUUCAAAGAGAAAUGGGACAGCAACAAGAUAGAUCAUCACACUGACAAGUAUGACAACAGCAAGUUGAUUGUCCGGAGAGGGCAGUCUUUCUACGUCCAGAUUGACUUCGAUCGCCCGUAUGACCCAAGGAAGGACCUCUUCAGGGUGGAAUAUGUCAUCGGUCGCUACCCUCAGGAGAACAAGGGCACCUACAUCCCAGUCCCCAUCGUCUCCGAGCUGCAGAGCGGAAAGUGGGGGGCCAAGGUCAUCAUGAACGAGGACAGGUCGGUCCGCCUGUCCAUCCAGUCCUCCCCCCAAUGCAUCGUGGGUAAAUUCCGCAUGUACGUGGCUGUCUGGACCCCCUACGGCAUCCUCCGCACCCGCCGGAACCCGGAGACGGACACCUACAUUCUCUUCAACCCCUGGUGCGAAGAGGACGCUGUGUAUCUGGAUGAUGAGAAAGAAAGAGAAGAGUACGUCCUGAAUGAUAUUGGGGUGAUUUUUUAUGGAGAAUAUAAUGACAUCAAGAGUAGAAGCUGGAGCUAUGGUCAGUUUGAAAAUGACAUCCUCGACGCUUGCUUAUAUGUGAUGGACAAAGCACAAAUGGAUCUUUCCGGCAGAGGAAAUCCCAUCAAAGUCAGUCGUGUUGGAUCUGCAAUGAUUAAUGCCAAAGAUGACCAAGGUGUCAUUGUGGGAUCCUGGGACAAUAUUUAUGCCUAUGGCGUGCCCCCCUCGGCCUGGACUGGAAGUGUUGACAUCCUAUUGGAAUACAAAAGCUCUCAGAAUCCAGUCCAGUACGGCCAAUGCUGGGUUUUUGCUGGAGUCUUUAAUACAUUUCUGCGAUGUCUCGGAAUUCCAGCAAGGGUUGUUACCAAUUACUUCUCAGCCCAUGAUAAUAAUGCCAAUUUGCAAAUGGACAUCUUCCUGGAAGAGGACGGGAAUGUGAGUUCCAAGCUCACCAAGGACUCCGUGUGGAACUACCACUGCUGGAAUGAAGCCUGGAUGACAAGGCCGGACCUUCCUGUUGGAUUUGGAGGCUGGCAAGCUGUGGACAGCACCCCCCAGGAAAACAGCGACGGCAUGUACCGGUGCGGCCCCGCCUCUGUCCAAGCCGUCAAGCAUGGCCAUGUGUGUUUCCAGUUUGAUGCACCCUUUGUUUUCGCAGAGGUCAACGGUGAUGUUAUUUACAUUACAGCUAAGAAAGAUGGCACUCAUGUGGUAGAAAGCAUAGACACCACCCACAUCGGGAAGUUAAUUGUGACCAAACAAAUUGGAGGAGAUGGAAUACAAGAUAUUACUGAUAAUUACAAAUUCCAAGAAGGUCAGGAAGAAGAGAGACUGGCCCUAGAAACUGCCCUCAUGUACGGAGCAAAAAAGGGCAUGAAGACAGAAGAUGUAGUCAGAUCCAGGUCAGAUGUGGACAUGGACUUCCAAGUGGAAACUGUCGUGCUGGGGAAGGACUUCAAGGUCACCAUCACUUUCCAGAACAAUGGCCCUCAACGUUACAGCAUCGCAUCCUAUCUCUCUGGCAACAUAACAUUUUAUACCGGCGUCUCCAAGGCGGAAUUCAAGAACGAGACGUUUGAUGUGGUGCUGGAGCCUUUUUCCUUCAAGCAAAAGGAAGUGCUGGUCAGAGCGGGGGAGUACAUGGGCCAGCUGCUGGAGCAGGCCUUCCUGCACUUCUUCGUCACGGCUCGCAUCAAUGAGACCAAGAACGUCCUGGCUAAGCAGAAGUCCACCAUGCUGAUCAUCCCCAAAGUCGUCAUCAAGACUCGAGGUGCUGCAAUGGUUGGCUCUGACAUGGUUGUCACCGUUGAGUUCACCAACCCUUUAAAGGAAACUCUACAAAACAUCUGGAUAUACCUAGAUGGUCCUGGCGUGUUAAAACCCAAAAGGAAAAUGUUCCGUGAAAUCCAGCCCAACGCCACCGUGGAAUGGGAAGAAAUAUGUCGGCCAUGGGUCUCUGGUCCCCGGAAGUUGAUAGCCAGCAUGACCAGUGAUUCCCUGAGACACGUGUAUGGCGAGCUGAACUUGCAGAUUCAAAGACGACCUUCCACCUAAAUGUGCAGGGGGCUGAGAUGGACCCGGGUACUUGGCCCCUUUCAUUAUUGGCUAAGGAAAUUCUAAUGCAAAAAUAGUUAGCUCUUGCUUUAGCAGACAUGAAGACCCACACGGACUGGGAGGGCCCAGAGCAAGGAUGUCAUGCAUUUCAGAAACACUUUCCCAAAUCCAGACUAUCCAGUGUGGAAGUUAGGUUUUGAAUCACCCCUUCCAAGGAUUCUGAGAAUUAACUUUAAGCUCUAAUUAAGCUCUCAUAUGAGUAAAAAUCAUCAUUUAUCAUUGCACAUGGCUGUGACUCCAAAUAUCAGAGAGCUUCCCUUAGCAGGAGGAUCUGCUCAAUACCUGGCCUCAUUUAAAAUUUCUGAUCCCCCACUUAGGCUUUUGGGGUUAACACAUGCCUCCUGCCAAGGGAAAGGAGCAUAUGAUUUGGUCCUUAGAAUUCUAUCCUCAUUUCUUGGAAUCAGGUUCCACCCUCCGUGUUAGAAUCUUGGUCCCAGGAAUGAACACAUCAUUUUUCCUCCUGGCAAAGCCGGGAAAGGUUGUUCAUCUUGCACCUGCAGCCAGGCAGCUUCCUGCCAAAUUUCACAGCUUCGCCUUGCAAGAAGAUGCAGCCCCAUAUUAACAAAUUGCAUUUGUGGGAAACUUAAUCACCUAGGAGGUGUGAAGAAAGCAGGUGCGGUCUUCGGGUCUAUUAAAUAAUGUAGCUUUACGGUGCAUGGGAUAGGCAGCCUGACCAGCGGGAAUCAGCAUCCCUUAAUUUAACCCUUUCUGAAAUGCAGAUGUAGAAAAUCAUAAGGCUUACUUGGGACGGCAGGAAGGAGGAAUUAUUCUCCUUAAUUAGUGGGUACCCUUCUCCUGUGUCUCUAGAAUCAUCUCCUUUGUGCAGUGACACAGGCACAGGUCAUUUUUAGAGCUGGAAAAACCCAACAGGUCGGAAAAGCUGGCAGAUUUAGCAAUGAGACUCUACACAGGCAGGCAGGUACUGAGGUACUGAUGCCCUCUUCACCUUCAUAGUGCGUACAUUGAGACUUCAGCUCAGCCUCCAGGUGCCAAAAGGUACCAUGGCCCCAGUCUUACCAAUAGCCAGUGCUAGUGCUGACCCAGUGACAAAUGAUGCCAGGAGCCUUUGUGUUAUGCUCCAAGAGCCCAACAGUCAAAGCUACUGGCAUGUAUUUGUAAGGUGGAUAGAUGGUCUUAAUUUCCCAUUGAAAUGCUUUGGUGUGAUUUAGGUUGGUAGAUUAUGACUGACAAAAACACAGUGGGAAAGAGGGUGGGGGAGUCAGAAUGCAAUGCUGCAGCCUGCAUAACUACAUUUCUAAGCCUCUGAGAUAUUUCCUGAGCCUCCAGCACUAACCCUUCAGGCAGUGAGUCCCCUCUACCAGUGCAUCCCAGUCACAUGCAUCCCCCAGCAUUGCGAGCUUUUCAAUACCAAAUCCUAAAACAAAAUGGAUUUUGCUAGAUUGUUAACUGGCUUACCUUCGUAUGUUAUUAAUGAGAAUGUAAUAGAUGCUUAAAAUAAAGUUACCCUGAUUACAUUUGCA